GUCUCUUGUAACCAUAAGUACAAUUGAAUUUUUUUUCGUCUCUCUUGUUUGUUUAAAUUAAUUCUAAUUAUUAAAGCUAAAUUGUUAAUAUUUCACCAUCAAAUUCUGUUGAUUACCAUGAAUUCAUCAAUUGGUCAUGAGCAAUUGUGAAUCUUUAUCGAUUAGUAAACCGAGAAUCAGUUUACCUUCAUCACCAUUGACCAAACAUCUGAUUUUAACAUUAGUCAUUUUCCAAUAUUGUUUUCAUCUGAUUUUACUCAAUAAUCAUAAUUGUUAAUUACCUGUAAUUGAAGGAGAGAAACUAAUAUUUGGCUCAUCUCAAUUGAUCAUCUGUUGACAUUUUCUCUCAUUCAUUUGAUUUUCCUGUUCCUAUUUUUAUCAUCGUAUCAAAAUGACUCUUAUCCGGUAUAUAAAAAAUUCACGUAACAAUGAGACCCUGAUUGCUGGUGAAUAUAUUUUCCGUAAAAAUAAAAGUAGAGAUGAAAAGGUUUACUGGAAAUGCCGUAAAAAUAGUUGCCCGGCCAAGAUCACAACUUAUGCCGGAAAAGUGAUGGGCCAUUACCUUAGACAUAAUCACAAUGAUAACAAUCAAGAUGAAAUCGCUCGACUUGAAGGAUUACAACCAACUACCAAUUUCCAGGUAACUCAGGUUGAUGACGAAGUUAGUCAACAAAUAAUCACCACUGGAGAGCCUUUUGGUGAAUAUUCAUUUGCUGUUGAAAAUUAUGUGGUCACUUCAAGUGGAGAACCAGCUCGUCGAAUUGAGUAUAUUCAAACUGACCCUGAUCGACCUUCGAGCACCGUUGUUGUUACCACUUCGGCUACUGUGGAUUCCCCUGUAACCGUUUCGGUGACUGGUGUUGAUGCAACGGGUGCGCUUGUGUCCAAUAUUACCGGAGGUAUUACUGCGACAACAUCAUCACUUUCAUCACCUUCCAAUUCAUCUUCCCUGUCAACCAUAUUCAAAGAGUUUAAUGAAUCACAGAAGAAAAUUGAACAAUUAGUAACCAAUCUGGUUACAACUAAUGAGGUUGAUGGUUUACAAACAGAGAAUAUUAAAUUAAAAUUAGAAUUGGAUGAAGCGAUUCGCAAAUUUAGAGGUGAAUUGGAAAGUAAAGAGAUACAAUUACAGGAGGAGAAAAAUCGAGCUGAUCAAAUUAAAGAAGAGCUGGAAAAUCAAUUAACCUUGGAAAGGUUGGAAAAAGAGAAACUCGAAGAAGAGAAUGAAAAAUUGCGACAAUUAGUUAAACAGUACGAGAUUAAAUUCAAAGAGGAAGAAGAGGUUGAAGUUCAAUCUUGCACAAUUUCUCAAGUUUCCGAUGCGAUGUCAUGUAAUUGAUUAAUUGUUACAUCAAUUAACCAAACACUACAACUCCUCAAAUCACCCACCACUCAGAUACACUCACUCAUUCACUGACUUAAUCACUUAAACACCAACAAUCACCUUUAACCAAUUGAUCCAAUUACAUUUCUAUUUGUAUUUCCAUUCAUUUUUGGCUUGAUCACCAGUCAAUUAAUGUUAAUCAACCAAUCAAAGGUCAUUCCGAUCAUCAUGAAAAACUGGACAAAAAGACAUGAUUAACUUUCAACAACAAUUAAUAUAAACACAAAUAUUAAUUCAUUAGAUUGAAUGUAAAGAAAAAGUUAAUCAACAUGAUCAAGACAAAUCAUUUUGGAAAGACAAUCAAACUAAAUUGGAUUGUGAUCAUUAUCAUUAUCAUUAUCAUCGUCGUCGUGGUCAUCCAUUUAUCAUGAUUAUCUAAUAUCCCAGCAGAUUACAGGCAAGAAUCAAAUGAAAUUGCACUCAAUUAAUUGACAAUUUGUAUGAAUAUAUUUCUUAACUAAUUCCUUAAUUCAGUUGAUUCAUGUCAUGUUACUCUAAUUUCCUCAAUUGAUUAACCUUUUCCACUUCCCUCCAAUUUUAUCAAUCACUUUUUUUUUGUUACCUUAAAUGUCAUCAUUAUUUUGUGCAAUUAGUUGAUCCUUGUUUCUUUUUUUUAAUUACUAAUAUUUACGAUAUUAUUUUAAAAUUUAGAAUAUAUAUUGUCAAUUAAUGUAAAUCCAUUAAUUUCCCAGCAAGAGAGAAAAACAAUUACAACUGUUAAUUGUUACACUGGAAAUAUUGUAAUAGAGAUUCAAUUUUGGUCUCUAAAAUCAAACCAACAAUCAGAACCAAUGUCAAUUCAUUGAGAAAAAUCUGAUUAAUAUUAACAAUAAGAACAAAAUUUACCAAUAAUAAUUUGACUUACAAUUGAUUAAUUGAGGUAACAAAUUGA